GUUUUUGUUUGCUAGCUCUAUUUCUGUUUCAUGUAGCUCAAUUUCAAUUUUGUGACUGCUCAAGUAACUGAUGAAUUAACACUUUCAAAAUAUGGACCAGCCAGCAGAUCAACUUGUUAUAAUUUUACGAAUUCUAGAAGCCAUCGGUUUCCAUCGUACCAAAAAUACUCCAGUUUUCUUUACAGCAUCCUUGGAUAAAAACACGCUUGAAAGCGAAAGACGCCUGCCAGGAAUCGCGUCCACCAGCUACGAUAGCAACCUGGUAUGGGAAACGGACAGACGUUCAGUGAAACGUAUGAAAACGGAUAAUCUUCCCAUCAAAGUGGAGUGUUAUUCAUUAGAGCAUGGUUCUGGUAAAAAACGGUCCCUCGUUGGCAAUCUAGUUUUACCUCUAAGAUCGGUACCGCUUUUGCCAUCUAUGAAAGCUGAUAGCAUAAAACCUCGUUGGUACAGAGUGCUUGGCCUUACGAGUCCUGAGUGGAAAAACCAAAAGCCGGAGGUUCAAAUUAUGGUUUUGAUAACCGAUAAGGGAUACUUGUUGCCGGAUAAAAAUAAACCUUUAGCUUCUAGCGAUCAGGAAACGGAUCGCAGUGUGAUUAUCUUUGCCAAUCCGGAACCAUCGAGGCUGCAGUCUCGCGAAGGGCUUCCCAUACAAUUGCUCGAGGAACGUGGUCUGCUGCAGGUCGGCAAUUUCAAUAAUGAAUGCGACAUUUUUCUAGUGAAGAUAGUGUUGAAAUAUGCCAAACAGUUGGAAAAGUUACAGCCGGCGAGUAGUGAGUCGUUGGUUGGGUCAAACCUCCAGCUACGCUACAGCUUACUUGGCGAUAACUAUCCUUGUGUCCUCGAAAGAAAACCGAAUGGUACGUUUUUAGUGCAGGAGAAAAUUGUUAUAAAUUUUAGAACAUCUUUGCACUCGCUGAAGCGAUAUUUUGAGGAAAUAUUCGUGAUCCAUUUGGAAGUUCUUUAUGAGGAUAAAGUAGUUGGUCGUUCAACGCUUCGUUUCGGAGAUUUAAUUCAAGACGAAUCUUUGGCUACUUUUUUAUCCAGCAACCUAGAAAAAUCAGGAACAAACGAAUUAGAAAAGUACUUUGUAAUCGAAUCGAGUUCCAUUACGCAUGAACAACACGAAGCUGAUGCAAUUUCCGUAGGGUCUUCGCCGAUAGCACCAUCGAUCAAAUGCAAAUUUUCUCUGAAGUACCUGACCUCGGACAGGAAAAGUGUGAAUGAGCCAAUUAAACAAAGUACGCAUUUCAAAGAAGCAGAAAAGGACUGCUCAGAACCAAUGAAUGUCCAGUCACCAAAAGAUCCAACCCCACUGCCGUUAACCACCCUUCAACAAGGACUCUCGCCCGUAGCGCUCCCAUUGUUGGCUGCUCCUCCAGCAGAUAAAACUGACAUCGAAUCAAUGCUGCAUUGUGAAGAUCGCGAUCUGCGGGACAUACCGCGUACUUUCGGCUACAAUCUACUGGUGCAGAAUAUUCGUUUCAAUACACGACCGAGCGCUGGACUGUGGCAAUUAUCGUUGUACCACCCGAAAGCUGACACGCCCCUAACCAAGAUGACUUUGGAGCUUGCUUCGGUAGAAUCUGAGACAUUGGAAUUUUCUAAACUACAGUUGCAAUUGUACUUUUCAUCCCUUCCCGAUUUGGUGCUCGAAACGAUAACUUCCGAGAGUUCUAAGCUAACACUGAACGGCCCCCACGGAUUGUUCGGAUUCGCACGAUUGGAUAAUCAGAGUUUGGUUAUAGGAACGAAAGAGAAGCAAGCCGGAGUGUUGAUUUUGGAGAAUCAACAAGGUGAAAGCAUUGGAAUGGCGACCAUUUUCUGCUUUUUGGAUGAAGUGGGAAUAAACUACAAUAGUCGAGCACCGCUCGAAGGACCCCAAGUGCCUUCGGCUCCCAAGGCACAGUUGGAUGAUCAGUUGUCGUAUAAAAUGUUAGAGGAACAAAAAGAAUGGAUGAUGAAACAGAAGGAGCUCUUUUUGGCAGAACUAAAACGAAAAGAGAUGAAUCAUUUGAUGAAGCUUACCAACGAGUGGAAACGGAAGCGAUCGAAACAAUGUUCGGAACUGGCCGAAAAGUUGGAACAUGUUUCUACCCUAACUGCCGCAUUGGAGGAAAGUAGAAAGAAUCUAUCUAUCCAGAGUGCCAAAUGGACCGAGCAGGAUACUAUGCUAGCAGAAAUGAAAAUCAAACUGGAGGCCUCGUACCAGCAGCAGCUGACAGAAAUCCGCGAAAAAGCAAAGCUCAUAGAGGACGAUCUGAAUCUCCGAUGGAACCAACGAAACACGCGAUGUCAGGAACUGGAAGAGAAAAAUGAUCGACUGACUCGAGAAAACGAAAGAUUGCGACAGGCCAAUGAACAGCUGAAUGAGCAGAUGGAAUCGUUGAGGAGGGAAGCGCAAAUCAACUCCAAUCAGCGACAGCAGAUCGCUUUGCUGGAGCAGAAAUGGGAAGCUACCGAAAAAUCCAAAUUAUUCUACAAACAGCAAUGGGCAAAGAUGAUUAGGGAAUUGAACAAGAUGAAGUUGGAGAACGAAGAACAGCUCAAUGAGAUACUGCGCGGAAAGAGCAGACGAAAACGAACGGACAUUGAGUGGCUAAGGGAAGGUCCUGAACCGGAGCAUUUUUGUACAGGUGCAAACGAAGACGAUGAAAUGAAUAAAAUCCAUCAGAUGAUUUUUGCCGAAAAAAAUCGACAGCAAGGACAAUCGUGCAAGCCUUGCUGUUCCGUUGAUCAUUGCUGCUGAUCGGGUUCAAAUUAGUACACUGCCGUGUAAUGCCAAAGACUGUAUUUUAUUUAUUUUUGUACAAAGGAUUUCUC